ACAAGAGAGGUCCAUUAACUUUGGACAAUUGCAAUCUAUGCAUUGAGCACCAACUGUUGAAUGAAAAUGCUCAAAGAGCUACCACAACAGCAACAGCAACAUCUCAAUCUUUGUUUGUUACUCUCUCUUUCUUCACUUCAUUACAACAAUAACAACUACCUUAAACUCACUACUAUUACUUUACUUUUCCAUUUACAUUCUCUUGUGUUUUUGUUCUCACUUUCUCUAAUAUGGACCGGUCUUCUGACAAACAACAUCAGCAGCAGCAGUUGUCUUUGGCAAAGAAUGGCAGACAGAGAUACAAUGAAUGGAUUUUUCGCGAUGUACCGAGCGAUAUAACUAUAGAAGUGUGUGGAGUAACAUUUUCAUUACACAAGUUUCCUCUCGUUUCUCGAAGUGGAAGAAUUCGAAGACUAGUUGCAGAACACCGAGAUUCUGAUAUCUCAAGAGUUGAGCUUCUUAAUCUUCCAGGAGGAGCUGAAUGCUUUGAACUGGCUGCCAAAUUCUGUUACGGCAUUAACUUCGAGAUCACGUCCACGAAUGUUGCACAACUAUGUUGCGUGUCCGACUACCUCGAAAUGACCGAUGAUUUCUCAAAAGACAAUCUCGGUUCGAGAGCCGAGGAAUAUCUCGACUGUAUAGUCUGCAAGAAUCUUGAAAUGUGUGUUGAAGUGUUGCAACAAUGCGAAAGCCUAAUUCCUCUGGCUGACGAGUUGAAAAUAGUUACGCGUUGCAUUGACGCGAUAGCUUCGAAAACUUGUGCCGAGCAAAUAGCUUCUAGUUUCUCGAGAUUAGAGUAUAGCAGCUCGGGUAGGUUGCACAUGAGCAGGCAAGCGAAAUGUGAUGGUGAUUGGUGGAUAGAAGAUAUUUCGGUUUUAAGGAUCGACAUGUAUCAACGAGUCAUAACAGCCAUGAAGUGUCGCGGCGUUCGGCCAGAAAGUAUCGGUGCUUCUCUUGUGAACUAUGCAGAAAAAGAAUUGACGAAGAAACCGGCUUUGUGGAAUCAAUCUAGCCAGAAUAAAACCGAUUCAAAUUCAACUUUGCAUGAAAAGCUCGUUGUUGAGACUAUCGUAAGCCUUUUGCCAGUUGAGAAACUAGUCGUUCCGAUUCAUUUCCUUUUCGGGCUUCUGCGAAGCGCGGUGAUGCUUGAUUGCGCGAUUUCCUCUAGACUUGACUUGGAAAGAAGGAUUGGAUCGCAGUUGGAUCUAUCAACGCUUGACGAUAUUUUGAUUCCGUCUUUCAAGCAUUCGGGUGAUACCUUAUUCGAUGUUGACACAGUUCAUAGACUUCUAGUAAACUUCAGUCAGCAGGAUGAUAGUGAUGAUGACCUAGAAGACGGUUCUCUUUUCGAAUCCGAUAGCCCUCAUUCGCCCUCGCAAACUUCGUUAGUUAAGGUGUCAAAAUUAGUCGACAACUACCUCGCUGAAAUUGCGCCUGAUGCAAACUUGAAGCUUUCUAAGUUUUUGGUCAUUGCAGAAACAUUGCCAGCACACGCGCGUACCGUUCAUGACGGCUUAUAUCGAGCUAUCGAUAUUUACUUAAAAGCUCAUCAAGGUUUAUCAGACUUGGACAAGAAGAAACUAUGCAAACUGAUUGAUUUUCAAAAGCUUACUCAAGAAGCUGGAGCGCACGCGGCGCAAAACGAGCGUCUUCCUCUACAAUCAAUAGUGCAAGUUCUAUAUUUCGAACAACUAAAGCUAAGAAAUUCGUUGUCCACAACCGGGGACGAUGACAUCAAGCCAAUGCAUGCGUCGUGGCGCAUAAGUAGCGGUGCACUAAGUGCAGCGAUGUCUCCACGCGAUAAUUACGCGUCAUUGAGGCGCGAAAACCGUGAGUUAAAACUCGAAUUGGCUCGACUAAGAAUGAGACUAAAUGAUCUAGAGAGGGAGCAUGUUUGCAUGAAGAGGGAUAUGGCGAAGUCCGGAUCGCGUAAAUUUAUGAGCUCUUUUUCGAAAAAAAUUAGUAGGCUUAGUCUCUUUGGACAUAGUUCUUCUAGAGAAACAAGUUCUCCUUCUAGGAAUUCUCAUAGAACAGAUUCAAAGGUGAUUGAGAGAACUUGUGCUAGCACAGAAUAGGUAAAAAUGUAUAGCUAGCUUCCGAUUUUCUCGUCUUUGUUUUUCAAUGUACUCGUUUGAAAACUGUAAGUUAUGAUCAUGGUGAUAUAUUCACUUCAUUUUUCCUUAUGUUAGCUCCUUUUAGAAACCAGGGAGGCAAACCAGCAUGCCGUCCCGUUUAGGCCCGCCACACAAAAGUCUGAUAAAAAACGGGCGAAGCAGGACAGACACAUUAGAGGACGCAGACCUAAAAUUUUAGCCCAUCCCGCAAAAAAAAAGCAGGAAAACGGGCAUGCCCGAUAGACUAGGUCUGUUUUGCCAUCCCUAUUAGAAACCUAUGUGUUUGUACAUGUUACGACUUCAUGUCUGUUGCACCGAUUUUCCGAAGUAUUAUCCACUCCAAGUCUUGUGUAAAUACGAAUGCUUCUAAUUAAAAUUUAAACUUUGGUUCACUAUAUUGCGAUAGUUUAACUCAUUCUGCCUGACUUUUUUUCGUCUAGUUUUUGAAACGA